AUGACAACAUUAGCUGACGAGAGAUCGUCACACCUCAAUCCACCCUCGGUAGAUGGACUCACGGAUGAAGAUGGGGAUGAAGAUAUGAAUGAGUUGGACGACUAUGAGAAAGAGAGGAUAGCUAAUAUCAAGGAAAGAGAUAAUCUCCUUGCUUCCCUCGGACUGUCCACACCCUCAAAAACAAUAUUCGGCAUGACACCUAAGACCAAAACGAAGGCAUCGACACUAUCAUCUGCCGAAGCUAGACGAAAGAGGGAGUUGAGAGCUAAGGAAGCGUCGUUGAGGAGGGUGAUAGAGCCUAUAAGGAGGAGUGGGAGGUUGGCUCAGAGGGAGGUGGAGAUGAAGGGUUUGGCAGACGAUGACGACCUAACGCCCCCACCACCCACCAACAACAAACCUCUACCACUAAUACCCAAAGCGAAGAUAAUCCAACUCGCACCAGGUCCCUCAUACUCAUCCUCGUCCUCCGAAGAGACACACGAACGCGCUCCAAGACCUGGAAGAGGAGACGAUGGGAGAUUGAUAUUUGAAGGAAGGUGGGAAGGCGUUUUCACACCGAAUUUGACUCCUCAGGAGAUGUUUGAAGGAGGUGCAUUUGGAGGAGGGUUCUUUGCAGAUACGUAUUCAAAUAUACUCAAAUCGGAAUUAUCUUCCAAAGAUGAUAUAUCAUCUUUACCAUUUGUCAUACCCAACCCCACCAAACUGCUGAGUAAUACCGAUCCGGACGGGGAGAAUAACAGGUUCAGAGUCAGAGCGGGACAGUCUCUCCAGGAAUGGGAGAAGGCCGGUUGGAUUUGGAAAGAGGACCCACGAGGGUGGGCGCAGUGGUACACGAGGUUCUGGGAGGGGAGAAGAUGUCAGGAUGACGAGAGACAGGUGAGACGAUGGAUGAAGGUUGCUGGACGUACUGGGCGUUUCAAACGAGCACUGCUGAAAAAGCUAUUACAGUCUGGUGGUCGAAAUGCCGUGAAAGAUGAAGAUGUUGGAGCAGUGCUGAGGCAAUGUCUUUGGCAGUGGGGGUAUGAGAUGAACGAAAUAGAAUUUGACAGAGCCAUGAACGGGGAGUAG